AUGGGACGAGGGCGGCCGCCAAAAAACAAAUCGGUGCCUCCACCACCAUUAUCGUCGGUGGUCUCUACUCCGGUGUCUCAAUCGGUUUUGCAAAGCCACAAUGUCAGCAAGAAUCUCAGCACAGAGGAAAAUGUGGGAAUCAAGUACCUUGGAGAAACCUCAGAUGCUACGGAAGACGGAAGCAUUGCGAAGAAGAGUAACGAAAUUGAACUGGAAAAACCUAGGUCAACUCCAACUCCUGAAGAAGGGCGAAAGCUAUGGGCUGAUGUGUUGAAAGACAACAGGAAUCCGGCGAAAGGUCGUGCUAUGAAGUUCAUACCCCCUCAAGUCGUGGAAGGGAAAAUCGAAGUUCAAAUUGAGGAAGAUGAUGUCAGCUCUGAAAUCAAGUUUUGGGAAUCUUCGCUGAUUCUUUAUGCUAUGGGAGCGGAUUUGAGUAUGAAUGCGGUCAAGAAUUUUAUGACCAGAACUUGGAAUUUUGUUCAACUACCGGACAUGUAUUUCAAUGAUGAAGGGUAUUUCAUUCUCCGGUUCAAAUCAUUCACAGAUCGAGACGAAGUUAUGCUGAGAGGACCAUACAUGUUAAGAAACAUUCCUUUGUUGAUUCGUGAAUAG